AUGAGUGUCGUGGGUGUUGAUUUCGGUACCCUCAAGACGACUAUUGCCGUCGCGAGGAACCGUGGUGUCGAUGUGAUUGCCAAUGAAGUUUCUAACCGCUCCACCCCGUCGAUGGUUGGCUUCGGCCCCAAGUCCCGUUAUCUCGGCGAGACGGCUAAGACCCAAGAAGUGACGAACCUUAAGAACACCAUCAACUCCAUCAAGCGUCUCAUCGGCCGUUCUUACAACGACCCCGACAUUGCGGUCGAGCAGCAAUACAUCACAGCCCAGCUUUGCGAUGUAAACGGUCAGGUUGGUGCCGAGGUCAACUACCUGGGCAAGAAGGAGAAGUUCUCCGCCACCCAGCUUGUUGCCAUGUACUUCAGCAAGAUCAAGCAGACCACAGCCACCGAGCUCAAGUUGCCAGUUCAGGAGCUCUGCAUCAGCGUGCCGCCCUGGUUCACCGACGUCCAGCGUCGCGCAAUCCUCGAUGCCGCUGAGAUCGCCGGCCUCAGGGUUCUCCGCCUGAUCAACGACAACACCGCUGCUGCUCUCGGCUGGGGUAUCACCAAGCUCGACUUGCCCGCCCCCGAGGAGCAGGGCCGCCGCAUCUGCAUUAUCGACAUUGGCCACAGCGACUACACUGCCUCCAUUGUUGAGUUCAAGAAGGGUGAGCUUGCUGUCAAGUCGACAGCCUGGGACCGCAACUUUGGUGGUCGCGACUUCGACAAGGCUCUCGUCGACCACCUGGCCAAGGAGUUCAAGGGCAAGUACAACAUUGACAUCACCACCCACGGCCGUGCCAUGGCUCGUGUCAUUGCCGCCGCCGAGAAGACCAAGAAGGUUCUGUCUGCCAACCAGCAGGCUCCCGUCAACAUCGAGUCCCUCAUGAACGACGUCGAUGUCAACACCAUGAUCACAAGGCAGGAGCUUGAGGCCUUCAUCGAGCCUCUUCUGAACCGUGCCCACAUUCCCCUCGAGGCUGCUCUGGCCCAGGCUAAGCUCACCAAGGACGACGUUGACACCAUCGAGAUUGUUGGUGGUGGUUCCCGUGUUCCCGCCCUCAAGGAGCGCAUCCAGGCUUUCUUCGGCAAGCCCCUUUCCUUCACAAUGAACGCCGACGAGGCUGUCGCCCGUGGCUGCGCCUUCAGCUGCGCCAUCCUCUCCCCAGUCUUCCGCGUCCGCGACUUUGCUGUUCAGGACAUUGUCAGCUACCCUAUCGAGUUCGCCUGGGAGAAGGCCCCCGAUAUUCCCGACGAGGACACCAGCCUUACUGUCUUCAACAGGGGCAACGUCCUUCCCUCCACAAAGAUCCUCACUUUCUACCGCAAACAGCCGUUCGACCUCGAGGCGAGGUACGCCAAGCCUGAUGAGCUGCCCGGCAAGACCAACCCCUGGAUCGGCCGCUUCUCCGUCAAGGGCGUCAAGGCCGAUGGCGCUGAGGACUUCAUGAUCUGCAAGCUCAAGGCUCGUGUCAACAUCCACGGUGUCCUGAACGUGGAGACUGGCUACUAUGUCGAGGACCAGGAAGUCGAGGAGGAGGUGAAGGAGGGUGCUGAGGGCGAAGAGAAGAGCCCCGACGCCAUGGACACAGAUGGCUCCAAGAAGACUCGCAAGGUCAAGAAGCAAGUCCGCAAGGGUGACCUGCCCAUCUCGGCAGGCACUGCCUCGCUAGACGACGCCACCAAGUCCGGUCUCUCGGAGAAGGAGAACGCCAUGGUCAUGGAGGACAAGCUGGUCGCCGACACUGACGAGAAGAAGAACGAGCUUGAGGCGUACAUCUAUGACCUUCGCGCUAAGUUGGACGAGCAAUAUGCCGAGUUUGCCAGCGAGGAGGAGAAGUCGAAAAUCAAGGAGAACCUCGAGAAGGCUGAGGACUGGCUGUACGAGGAUGGUGAGGAUGCGUCCAAGGGCGUCUACAUUGCCAAGAUGGACGAGAUCCGCGCCAUGGCCGGCCCCAUUGUGCAGCGCCACUUUGAGAAGGUCGAGGCUGAUCGUCAGCGCAUCGAAGCCGAGCAGGCCGCUAAGAAGGCCGCGGAGGAGGAGGCGCGCAAGGCAGCAGAGGCGGAGAAGGCUGCCGCGGCCGAGGCAGAGAAGCCUCAGGAUGCUGAGAUGAAGGACGCCGAGGCGCCCCAACCCGAGACCGAGGAGGCCGGUGACCCCAAAUAG